GCUGAUGACGGUGGCAGACAGCGCAGGUCAGUUUCUGAGUAGUGUUACUGGUAGGAGGAGUACUUACCAAGAUAAUGUAAUUUCCUCCAGCGACCUGCUAUCAAAAGACGGGAGAACGGAAACAAAAAAACAACCAAACGAAUGAAGCCUAGGCCGUGUGACAGACAAUUGAGUUCCACGCGAAAGGACGCUGCCGCAAAAACGUCUCACACAUUGUUUUGAAGGCCUGUUGCUAGCGACGAGAAAUCCUCGGGCUAGCCCCGGUAGACACCGGGCCGGGAGAGCGCAAAGGACCACCACAGGAGCUCCGUGAACCUGUUUGACCGGUCACGUUUUACAGUUUUCGGGGGGCCUGCCUCAUAACCAAAUCUUUUGAUCCUCAAAGGCGAAUGAAAAGCAGUGUAACGUAAGACGCUUUUAUUUUGACAGCUAGCUAACAUUAGCUGUCUUGUGUUUACAAGCUAAGUUAGCCGUGAUCCUCUGGAGAAGUUUACUCUGAGCUUUAUUUGUAGCAGUUGGGAUUUGCAUAUUUGACUCGGACCACCCUAGUUGUGGUGGACUGUAUGCUUGGUUUUGCUUUUGUGUACCCUGACUUCAGGUGGCUAGUCAGGGAUCGGGAUGAGGAGGUCUUCGAGCUAAGGUUAUCAUAUCGUCAUGAUUAUAGAAGAAGUUUGCUAAAUUGUUCUGACAAAAGGAGUUCAACUCCAUUUCGUGCUUACCAAAGAUUUCGUUAGUUCACUAGAGGACGGUUACCCGAAUGAAGGCUCACAAAGAUGAGUGGAUUUUGAUCUUGUUGGGACACUCGGGUGUCACCUGUUCUGCUUGGCAUUAGUAACUGAACAUCAACACCCCAGCAUCUGCUGUGCUGCAACAGAAGACACUGACCUGCCGCUUCACUCUCUUGAGCUGAUUUGCUCAAGAAAGAUCAUCUUCAAAACAGCCAAAAUGAAUCGUUACCUGCCGGUGGCUCGACAGCACUUCCUGGCUGCCCUUGCCAGCACCAGUGUGGUGGUCAAAUCUAUAAGUGCAGUGGUGGUCGUCCUCUAUCUGUUGUCAUGGGCUGUCGACACUCCAUACGCUCUGGGGGUGACCCCGGGAUACUUAUUUCCUCCUAACUUCUGGAUGUGGACACUGGUGACCCAUGGGGUGGUGGAGCAGCACAUCUGGGGUGUGGCAGCCAAUGUUGGGACCGUUAUGGCUUGUGGGCGACUCCUGGAGCCUCUGUGGGGUGCUUUGGAGCUCCUGAUCUUCUUUACUGUGGUCAAUGUGUCUGCAGGCCUCCUGGCAGGCCUCUCCUAUCUCCUCACCUACGUUGCCACCUUUGACCUGGACUUCUUGUUUGCUGUCCGCAUCCAUGGGGCAUCAGGGUUCCUGGGAGGUGUCCUUGUGGCACUGAAGCAGACUAUGGGGGACACUACAGUACUCAGAGUGCCACAGGUGAGUAUAGUACAAGAUUGUUUCUGUCUUGUUUUGAUGCUAGGGCCUGUACCAGACCAGUGAGAAAGUUGGAAUAAGAAUGUAGCUAAACAAGUAUUUUCUCAGCUCAAACCACCAAACCUCUUAUCCUCAUCUGUAAAUGAACAGGUCUAUGUCAGAUGUUGACUAACAUGUAUGUAGAUCCGCCUGUGUCAGUCACCAAGUAGAAUUGAAAAGUACUUUAAUAAGUUUAACUUAACAGAGAAUUUCAUCCUCGAGAAGUAGUGGGUAGGAUUGAAGGAUUUCCCAAUACAAAAGCUAUGUAUCAGUUACAUAUGUCUUAGGUAUGCACUUAAUAGGACUUUUGGCCUGUGUCAGUCUCAAAGCCUUUGGAGAUACCCAGCUCUCAGCCGUUAAAGAAGCACAGUGGGUUCAAAGUGUCGCUUCCAAAAAGACAAUGAUAAUGUGGAAGUCACCACAUUUACACACUUAACUUUGGUGUUGUUUCAAAACAAGUUUAAUUCAUGAAAAUCAAUAAAUGUCAAAGACAUCUUACAGUGCAACAGCAAGUCAGUGCUGGAAGUAAACAUGUCCAUAGGCUUUUUUUUUGUUCUUCAGUAGAAACAACACCUAACAAAUGUAACAACACCUGUGUAAAUCGACUGCAGGACUUAGGCUGAGAAAAAUGUCCUUUUUGCAUGCAUGGGGAUUUUGCAGUGAGGGGACUUCCAACAUCGUUUUAUAAUGAAUUUUAAGGGGGCAGGAUGUUUUUGAUUGAAAAGGUAAACAUUGUUUUUUUGUGUGUGUUUCAUAAAUACAGAGGGUCAAGUCAUUUUAAUCAAUGAAAAGCCAGAUAUAAGGCCCUAUUGUUUGUCUGAAAGCCAUGUGUGUUUAGCCAACAGUUUAAGUUUGAGCUGUCCAGUGUUUUGUCUGCUGAACACGUGUUCUCUGGUUCAGGUGUGUCAUUCUCUUCUUAGUUUGGACUACAGUGUGAUCUGUUCAUUCACGUCACGAUAAAAAUGCUCUUCUAUCUAGAGGCAUACUCUCACUGUUUAAAAAGGGUUUAGAUUUUGCUUGAGCACACAUUUCCAGUGCAUCACUCGUGCAGAAAGGCCUCUAUGCCUCAGCGUUCUUAUUUCAGCCUUUUGUGCAGCUUAUAAGUUUGUUAAAUGACUGAGUUUCUUCAGUCUAAUCUUCCACCCUUCACUGGGGCAUUUUUCCUGUGAUUUCUGGUUGCCGACCUGGCAUGUUAACAGCUGUUGUUUAGUGUUCCAAUUUCUGAAUCUAGCCAGAUAGAGGGGGUUGUGGCAGCUCUCCCUUUUGCCUGAAGAUUUCAUCUACCAAAGACUGAAAUAUUUGUCUCUUUUCUACCCUAGGUAAGACUCAAAGCAGCACCAGCUUUGGUCCUCCUCCUGCUGGCCAUUCUGCGCCUGUCUGGACUUCUCGACAGCUCCGCCCCUUUGGCUUCAUACAGCUAUGGCGCUCUGUCCGGAUGGGUCCACCUGCGUUUUUACCAAAGGCACAGCCGGGGCCGCGGUGAUAUGUCAGACCACUUUGCCUUUGCUAGUUUCUUCCCUGAGGCGCUGCAGCCAGCCGUGGGGCUGCUGGCUGGGUUGGUUCACUCGGCCCUGGUGAAAAUAAAGGUUUGCAGGAAGAUGGUGAAGAGGUAUGACGUGGGGGCGCCCUCCUCCAUUACUAUUAGCCUGCCAGGGACGGACCCACAAGAUGCAGAGAGGAGAAGGUGAGUUAGAGAAAACAGGAAGAUAAAGAGCACAAAAACAUGACUUAAAAUACACACACACCCAGACAGUUAAAUUUACAACUGACAGAGAGACACGUUGCUGCAUAAGUAUUGUUUUUUAGUUUUAUUUACUCAGGGAGAGUUUGUUGAGCCUUAGUCUUUUUUUCUGUCGCAGCAAACAGUUGAAACGUGUUCAUGUGGUCGCUCUACAACACACAGCUUCUGACAGCUUUAGAAGUAUUGGUGAGUGUGUUUAAGAGUCAGUUUUUCCUACCUCUUGAUUGACACAGAGGCAGACACACUGCCAAGCUGUCACAUAGAUUAAGUUACACCAAGAUGAAUAUGCCAGCAUGCAUCUUGGCAUAUACAAGGGAUGGGCAUUGUAAGAAAGUCCCUCGAUUAAUUAAUCAUUGAUUUACAUCGAUUUUUUUGUACCAAUGGCAGAAAACGUGUUUUUCCUCAUUGAAAUACCCCCCUCCGUGAGCACUGCGCGCUUCAUGCUCACUUGUGCUUCCUACUUGCCCGGCUACCAUAAUAACUGUUGUUUUUUUCCUUAUAAAACGCUAAAAUCUGGGACAUUUCCAGGUACAACUUUAACCAGGGACUGGCUAUUCAAAAUGGGGACUUUCCCCUGAAAUUGGGGAUUAUCUGGUCACCCUACACAGUUUGUGUGUGCUAGCAAGGAGCUGAUGGUAGGUUGAGACUGAGAGCACUCGGAGGAUUCAUUAACCUCAGUUAGAUGUUUGACCCUUAGGUGGAACAUCAUCGGGGUCGUUGUCGUGUUUUACUUGUGCACAGGAUCGCAGUGUUUGCUGCAAACUUCAUCAUUUUUCCCUUUGAAGUGAUCCCACACCACACUUAGUCUUGCUUUCUUCAUGUUUGUUUGUUCGUUUUGACUUGUACAGAAGCCCGCUGACGCUCUAUCACUCCGCUUGUAAAAUGUCAAAAUCCUUUAGAACGGUGAUAGUCACUGCAUUGCUUCAACCCACACACACACACACACACACACACACGCACAGACUGGACAAAAAAGGUAUCCCUCCUGAUCAGCAGAGGUUGAUCUUUGCUGGAAAGCAGCUAGAAGAUGGAUGCACGCUCUCAGCCCUUUUUAAUAAUGUUAUAUCGAUUGAAAUUUUGGGUGAUCAAUGUAAUUCUUAAUGAUCAAUCGAUCAUCGAUUAAUCGUGCCCAUUCCUAGUCUAUACACGCACACAUAUAGACUUUGAUCCCCUCAGUAUAAGUGGAUAAUUCUAUUUUUUGCCAAAUAGUUCAGUUGUUUAUUCUUGAGCUGCAGCCUUGGUUUGUUUCCGUGACAUGGGGACUUAGUUGUUAGUGUAAAAUAUUUUUGUUUAUAAGAGUUUUCCAAAAUGAUUUGGGCACAUUGCAUAGUAGGCAGUUCAUAUUAACGUUUCACACAACUUCGUGGUGCUGCUCAGUGAAACAAUGUAGUGAAACCAAUGGUUUAAAGGAGAUUUUUAUCCAGUUCCUGGUUGCACUUAUUGUGUCUUAAACUUCUUUAGGGAAGUGUUUCUCUCUGUCACCAUCACAUAUAUACACAUGUACACUGCUAUGUUAAUGGAGUAAGGGUCUCUGUUUAUUGUGUACUCAUGGAGAGGUCAGGCUAGAAUAUAAAAAAAGAAAGAAGUUUGUACAUUCAACAAAGUGACUCAAAGUCAAGUUUGAAUUCUUGAAUUUUAUGACAAAAAUAACAUUUCUGAUGUAUUUUUGUUGUGGCUGAUAUUAUCAAAGGACUAUAUAAAAAAAGUGAAAGAAAGCUUUUCCUAGUUGUCUCUGUUUUUAGUAGAAUCUGUUUUCUUUCGUUGUGAGUUACCACAUUUAUCAGCCCGGUCACAUUAUGUAGGACACCAAUGUGGCAGGUAGCCAGAUUUUGUAUUGUUGCUGAUUUUUUCUUUGAAGGAAAUCUGAGACACUGUGACCACCAGCUUGUUACUCAAACUAUAGUCCUUUAUGAUCCCUACAAUUGAAUAGGCUAACCUAAUUUAUGCCCCAAAGAGAGCAAGUCUUCCCAAAUUGGAUCUUAGUGCAAUUUUCCAUACAUUUCAUAUAAUCAACACCAAGCAGUGAAAACAUUAAUCCCAUCAUGUCGAAGACUUUGAUUUAAUGCAGCAUUGAGAAAUAGAAAUGGCUUUCUGACUGUGAAAUGAUACAUCCCAUGAUCUCAAUGCCUAAUCCCUGCAGGAGUUUUUCCCCCACAGGGUCUGAUAACAAAAACAUGACAAACAAAUGUCCCUUUCAUUGAUUUACAGAUCUGGGCUCUGAAUCCUUUAGUAGUUUGUGAUACCUUUAUCUCAAUUUUACGCAAAGUCCAUCGAAAAUACUCACUUCUGCAGUAAAAAGGCCAGCUAAUAGGGUAGAGUGGGGUAAGAUGAGCCAUUUUUCAUAUUUCAGAUCACUACAUCAAGGCGAUCAUAGUUUUGUCUCUAACUAGUGUAUCGAUAUAUAUUUCAAGAUUUUGUGCAUCCCUGCAAACCAACAGAAUGAGUGUAAACAGAACUGUAAUUUUGAUAAUUUAGCAUGCCAAAAAAAAGUGGUCUCCUAUGGUCAGCUUACCCCGUGUAUGGGGUAAGUUGACCAUAGGAGCGGGGUAAGUUGGGCUGUAUCCUCACAAUCCCCCCACCCCUUCCUCACCUUCUCUUUCCCUAAAUAACAGUCACUUCUUCACAUUCAUUUGUGUUUUUAUCUAUUAUACGCUAUUCAACUGGUACAAUAAUUCUUUUUAUUAUUAUUGCAUAUAACUGCUAAAAAGCUGUUUUGUAAAAAAGCCAUUUUAACAUGAGAAUGCCUUUAGAUGAUUCAGAACAUUCACAGCUGUAUUUUUGAAAAGAAAAAGUAACACAUUUCAACAAUCUGAAGUGAAACUCUGAUCCUCUCAUCAGACUCCUUUACUUUCUCAGUUGGACCACUGGCUCAACUUACCCCAGAACUACUAUAAUGACUUUAUUAGUCCUCUAAGCUAAAAUGGUGGACUUCUAUACUAGGUUUUUGACCUCAUGUUGUAGCUCAUAGAUACCACAAUGGAUGUAUGAAAAAAAAUAAAAUGAUCUUAUUUGAUCUAAACGCAAUUCUAAUAAAAUUUAUGACAGACUAAAUUCACUUUCAAGAGUGAAAAAUGUUAUUUGUAAAUAAAUGUCUAACACCUUCACCCAUGUGCUACUAACCUUCACAGACUUCAUGAAUUGAUGCCCAUCUCCCAAAUAUUUGGUCACAUGAUCAAUUUCUUUGACCAUUUUCAAGCAGCAGGGGGUGGCUCAACUUACCCUUUGGCUCAUCUUACCCCACUCUCCCCUAAUCAUUGUGUUAGGAGACUAUCACACCGUCAUAGUUGAAGUUGAAGUUGAAAUAAACUUUUGUAGUACCAGCAGGCUGCGGCUGUGAUGCCUCUGCUUUUACAUCAGUCUGUCAAUGAAAAUACUGAAAGUCCCACUCUGAUCAUUUUCUUUUGUUUUGUUUUACUACUGAAAGGGUUCUCAGUGGUCUUUAAAUUGUGAUUAAAAAGUAUAAAGUCUGUGAGAAGUUCACAGCGAUUUGAAAUCAGAGCUACUCAGAAAUGCAAUUUUGCACUUGUUUUUCUUAUGAUAUGUCCUGUAGCAUCAGAAAAAUGAACAUAUGAACAUGUAGACAACAAGAAAAACUUGAUUUUCAUCGGAGUGGGUCUUUAAGAAAACAUAGACACUGAGUACAGUAUGUAGUUGUUAGAAACAUUUGGCAGAUAAGAGUUGUAGAAAUAGAGUAUCGGUAAGCAUGUUUGAAUAUGUUUGAUCACCUGAGCAGGAAAAUCCUGUCAACAAAGAAUAAGCCGUCAAAGUCAGAACUUUCAACUGGGCAUGAUGCUUUUGCAAAACACUGAGCAAUCACUCACCACUGUAGUUCUGGUGUUGACCUCCAGGAACUUGUUUCAUACAUUUAUUGAAGCACGCUGUUAUUGAACUAUUUGAUCACUCUUCCAUGAAGCCCUAAAACAAUAAUAAACAGGAGCCCCUUGUUGUGCAGCUGUAAUGAAUGUCAAGUGUCCUUCUUUCUCUAUCCCCAUAGACAACUUGCCCUCAAGGCUCUAAAUGAGCGUCUGAAACGUGUGGAAGACCAGUCCGCUUGGCCCAGCAUGGACGACGAAGAAGACGAUGAUGAGGACGAGGUCAGAACUGACACACAGCCACUCCUCCCUGGUGGGCGUGACCCCUCCACCUCAACACCAAGACAAGCAGGUGGACCCAUUGGUGCCUCCACUUCCUCAUCCUUAAUGUCGCAGAGUGUUGGAGCAGCCUCCACAGGUGGACCGCCACACCCAGAGUCCAGCAUCAUCAGCUUUGAGGAUGCACCUUCCACAUCCUAACAAACAGAACCCACAUGUAAAUAAACACACACUCUGUUCUGUUGCAUAGACGGGUAUACUGGCAUAUUCAGUCGUCUGUCUAGUAUACAGUUAUGUCCAGUGACAGCGAAUAGGCACACUCUAACUCAAAAACACAAACACACAAAAUAUCCUUCAGCAGUUUGUACACAAGAUGGUUGUCACAGACUCACUGUCAAGGCUGUUGAAAGUCCAGUGGGAGGCUUACUGUACAGUUCUUUCAGUUCAGACCUGGUGGCUGUAAAUGCUCUGUGUACCCGGGCAAACUGGACAUAAAAUUCUCCUCUUCCUUUCUGUAGCAGACCACAGCUCUUCAAAAAUUCUGUCUAGUCUGGAUUUAAUCCCUAAUGCAGGGCCCUGUCCACUGUUUUGCGUGUCUUUUCCCCUUGCUUUCUAAAUAAAUAACAAAAUGGGUGUACAAUAGUCUUUUUUUAAGUCUUUAUGAAGCAGCCUUAAGUGUUCUCUGAGAAAGCUGUCUAUGACAGAGACUCAACUGAUUUUGAUAUUGGAUGGAGAGCCGACUCUUCAUGCACUGUUUUGAGUAGUGCUCAGAGAUGACACCAGCUUUUGUGCACUGGUUUUACAUCAGUAACUAAGAGUAGAGAGUAGGAAGUUCAAAAAGCAGGUGUUCAACACUGACUGCUGGACCAGAAGAGAGAAGCUGCUGCAGGCCUGUCAGGCUGAUGAACUUUGACACACAACUUCAAGAUUUGAAGAGGUGCUGGGUGAGCAAACUUUGUGUCUUUGGAACAACAGGUAGAGCGUAAGAUAAUAUAUCAGUUUUUAAUACCUUGGUGAAGGUUAAAUGGAAAACUCUUGUUUUUUAUUUUUAUUUUUUUUAUAACUUUUUUUUCGGGCAGGUUAGAAACAUCCGUACAAUCAAAAAAGAAAAGGACAGUUUUUGAGACCUAACGAGACCUGUUACUGGGGUUAUACUCACACAGAGCUUCGGAUGGUGAUUAUGAUUUGUUCCUGUUUUUUUGAUAUAGGAGUUGAUCAUAUUUUGAACAUUAUCUAUUCUAAAGCAUCAUUCUGUCCCCUUUUCACUCACAAAUCGUUCCACUACAAUGUCAGCAACAGUUUUUUAAAUAUCUUGGUCCAUUUGAUGCUGAAAGUGUUUGCUGACUGCUACAGUUGUAGUCGUGAUUACUGCCACAUCACAAAUGUUGAGAGUAUUUGUGUUGGGUAAGGACGGACUGUCUAGAAUCCAAAAUACAUAACUUGCAGAUUCAGAGUUGGUAUAUUUGCAGCAAGUUAAUUUUUGGCAUCUUAGCCUUACAAUGAUAGAUGAUUUCAUAGAGGACACCUGAUUUAUCCUCAGCCUGGACAGAUUUCCAUUGAAAUCCUUUGCACUUGUAACUUCUUUUAUCCUGAAAUCACUGACCAAGCAGGAGCCUGUGAUGAAUAAUUCCUCAGUGAGGAUGAUGGGCUGCUAAAUUACUUUGUCCAAAAUGCCUCGUCAAUUCUAUUUGGACCAAAAGGUCAGCGAUCCAUUCAUUUGGUCUGCAGUCAUAGCUGCAGAUGUCUUAUGCUAUUAUGCUAAUGAUCAGCUCAGUGACAUCUCUAUUUCCCAUCUGUCUUUGUCUAUUAAAGUCAGUUGAAGCAAACAAAUAAUUUGCAGUGAUGGAUCACAGCGUUUCUGCUAAAUUGUUCUAACCCCUAAACUAAUGUUUGUGGGUAAGACAACAAAGUCCAACUCAUUGACAGAGUAAAUGAUAAAAGAGGGGAAAGUACACAUGUAGAUCUUUCAUUGUUUUUCCAUCAUUAAUCAAUUUCAUCUGAUUUGUUUUGCUCAUUAACUCAGCGGGCUCCUCUUAAAGCAUUGCAAAUGAAGAAUUUGUGGCUACACAGUGUUUUGAUUUCCUACAGAAUGUGCUUUUACAUAUUGAAUUCAAAAUGAAGAGGGUCUUUGUUUCACAUUUAUCAUUUCCACUUCUUCUGCAGAAAUAAUCUUGUUUUGACCCUGCUGAUGAUUAAACACGUCCCUGAUUGAGUAAGCCUUAUAAAGCUAACCGAAACAGCUGAAUCAAAAGUAACAACAGACUCAAUAUCUAAUUUGCAAUUUGAUAAUCUCUAUGAACUGCCAGGAAAAGCCUCCUUCUCUUGUGUCUGUCCAGAGGAAGCAGUAUGGGUGUUUUAACCAGUUUGUGAGGUUGAAUGAGAUUGUGAUUUAAGCGCCAAAAGAACCCUGACAUGGUGUACAAGGUUUUAUUUAAAUGUUUUGUAAUCAGAAAAUGAAGUUCUCUCAUGGAAAGAAUGUUAGAAAUCCAGAGUUAUGCGAGUCUAAUUCCUGGUCAGCUUGGCCUUCUCUGUGGAAACUUUCAAACCACAGACUCAAAUUAAGUCUGACCUUGUGCUUUGCUGACGCAUUUUACACAACAUAUUUGAAGAAAAACUUUUCCUUCUUUCUUAUUGAUCGAAUCCUUCACAUUGCUGUAUGACUGAAUGGUUUAAACUGUGGAAUAAGCCAAAACUGUAAAGGGAUGUGCAUCUACCUACACGGUGAUUUGAGAAAAAGAUAGUUGGAUGGAAGCGUGUUGUGCACAUGAUGUGAUAAGCCAUAACAGGGUUGAUGAUUUUCUGUGUGUCCUUUCUUGUGUUUCUCAUGUUUCUCUCUCAUUUCAUUGACUUCUAAAUCUAGAGAUUGUAUGUAGUGGUGAAUGAGUGGAGCUUUUCUGUAACUGGGUAUGGCAGUGAUCAUAAUAACAUGAAUAAAUAAACUAAAGGAAAGGAGAUCAUGUCUGUCAAACUAAAGCUGUGCUCAAAUGUCUGAAAGCUCAGGCUGCAUUCUUCCAUUGAAGUAUUUAGAUCAGCAAUGAAGGGAAAUUCACACAAAUACACCCCCUCCUCAUUCAUUAUCUGUUUACUUGCUAGCUUCUCUGGGAAUAGCAUGAUAGCUUUAUUCUGGUUUGGCUUCCAGCAGAAAUCUGGCUGCAUAAUACAAUAAAAAAUAAUCAGUGCAAAAAUACACUCUAAAAUGAAUGCCUGGGGGUAACAGAAAUUGUGUAAUUUUUUUGCAGUUGUGGUUUGAUCGGUGGAAAGGUGUAGGAAUACUGUUGCGUUGCAGAUCAAGACUGGUUGCUCUGAUUUUCAGCCAGAUCCCAGCUCUCCAUCCCAGUACACUCCUUUUAGCUCCCCUUCUUUUUAACCUGGUUGUAAACAUCCUAAAAGAGGAUGCAGAAUUUAUCUCGCUCUGUCUGUAUUAAUGAUGCCAAUUUACAGUUGGAAUUCAACAAGACAAGCUUCAGUUGGAUGAUUAUGAACGAUGUCAGUGAUGCCUCUGGGUUUGUCAGCAGCCAAGUCCUUGUAGUCAGUGACCAAACCCUAGAAUUUCAUGACGAUGGGACUACAAACUGGAUUUAAAGGUGUUUCUUCUACUUGGCCCGGCAAUAAAUGAUCUUCAAUUAAACUGGGAUGGUGCAACAGUGACUGAACAGGGAGGUUACACCAGCCUCAAAGACUGGUGGAUUAAAGCUUAUGCUCGCAGACUGCGAUGAAUUUUUUAAAUUUCACAUUACUGAUGCAACUGCUCUGAUUCAUUAUCCUGUUGGCAAAGGUGGCCAUGUGAAAGUUUUCAGGUUAUGUUAUUUUUUUUAGUUGUCACUUUUUUUCAUUUUCCGUAUUUGUUCCCACUGUUGCACCAACAGACCAUGUUCUUAACAAGUCUCUUGCUCUGUGUACUGUGGCUGUUGCACAGACUUUUCUUUAGAUUUCAAAUAUAUUUCUUUAUCUCUACUCAAAAUAAAGAUUGUAUGAAAUUCAA